UGGCUUAUAUGUGGAAAUGGAAUAUUUUUAGUCAUAAAUAAGAGCAAUGUAUAUAAUUUUCAGGCUGUGGAUAAAAUUGGAGAUUAUCAUAGUAAGUUUCAGAGAGACAAAAUAUCUUUGUUUCUCUCAUUCGUCGGUUCCAGAUUUUAUAAGUACAUAAAAUCAUACAUGUUACAGAUAACAUGAAAGUAGACGAGAAACCGGGCGAACAACGAGGACUAAAGGAAGUGGAGGAGUACAAAAUAGCAGGGAAUGAGCGAGAGUUCGCUGGAAAUAGGUCAUAUGCAGGCAGGAAAACAUAUCCUGAGCUUGCAGGACGCGGCGCCUCUAGCCUCUCUCCAUAAGGUGGCGCGAUACUUUGAGCGAGGUGUCUGGCGGCUAGCAGUCGCCUCUUCCCUGUGCUCCAGACGGAGACCAAGGCCUGGUGAAGGGAUUGCCGGGAUUGUAGGAAGUGAUCCCUGGGAAGGGGAGUGGUUCGGGACCGAUGCGCACCGCGCCAGGUUUCUGCAGCAGCCCUGCUCGCCUUGGUGUGGCCCGCAGACGCACAGCCGCGACCAUGCCCCUCCACGUGAGCCUCGCCAACGGCAACCGGGACCUGGACUACGACUCGGUGCAGCCAUACUUCAUGUGCGACGAUGAGGAGGAAGACAUGCAGGAGCAGCCGCCGCAGCCGCCCGCGCCCAGCGAGGACAUUUGGAAGAAAUUCGAGCUGCUGCCCACACCGCGCCCGUCCCCGGGCCACGCCGGCCUCUACUCACCUUCCAGCGAAGCGGUCGCCGGGUCUUUCUCCCCCAGGGAACACGACGGUGACAGUUUCUACCAUGAAGACCUGCUGGAGAUGAUGCCCGAGCUGCCAGGAGGAGAGGCGGUGAAGCACAACUUCGUCUGCGACCCGGACGACGAGACCUUCGUGAAGAACAUCAUUCUGCAGGACUGUAUGUGGAAUGGCUUCUCGGCCUCUGCCAAGCUGGUCUCCAAGCUGGACUCCUACCAGGCUGUGCGCAAAGAAGGCACCAGCGCGAGCCCGGCCGGGGACACUGAGCCUACGACGCCUCCAGACUGCACCUGCAACACCUGAGCGCACAGCCCUGGGUCUUCAGACUGUAAGCUUCAGCCAUGUUAACUGCUUCAAAUUCUGGGCGUAAGAGAACCCCCUCCCCCUUUUCUUUUUUUAAAGCUUGCCAUCCUUCCUCACUCCCCUUAACAGAUUUGUAUUUGUUUAAUAAAAAGUCUUAACGUUUA